AUGCUCACGCGCAAGUGUCAUCAAUGGUUAUACACCACGAAUCCAGAUCCAGCAGUCGCUUUCAGAGACUUGGAGCAUAUCGCCCCAUGGAAGGGCUCCUUACCCCAAGAGGUUCAAUGUCGAAGCUCCACUUUCACUUUACGAAAUGGAUUUCUAUCAUCUGUCCUCAGCUUAUCAUUCCAUACCUACGAAAUAUUGCUGCGGAGAAACUUCUUCCAGGAUCCCCGGAUCAUGGCAGCUGGAACCCCGGCUUUCGAGGCAGCCGUGGAGAUUGUCAGAAUCCUUGAAAAUCUCUUGUCCUCGCAGCUCUUGACCGCGGGCUCCCUACGAAUAUUACCCGGGACGUUUGCAGCGUUGUCCGUGCUCAUCACAAACAUGCGCGGCCCUGCGUCGGAUCCUAGUGGCAUUUCGGCGCACCGAGCUCGACUAUGCAUGCUUGUCCUAAGCAAACUUGUUGACUGUUGGCCGCCUCUCUUGCUAUACUACCCGCUCUUUGCACGAAUAUUGGCAGCCCGGGGCUGUCAUGUUCCUGAUGAAGGCAUAGUCUUCCCUACUCAGACUCAAUCCGGUGGAGCACAAGACGUUAUGGAGCCCUCAAAUCCCUUAGAAGCCGCGCCAACACAACUACCCUCAACAAGCGGUCUCUUAAUGAGCGAUCCUUUUCUCGGAGACGCUGAACUGUUUGGGAUGAGCUCUCUAUUUCCGUUCUCUGCAUUCCUCAACGAGGACUUUCUUGACAACGAGCUGAACCCAUCGCUACCGAUUGAAUAA